CAAUAGGAGAGACAGAUAUAGAGCAACACACGGUGAUGACACACGGUAUUACUUAUGGUAAUCUCCGAGAUACGCAAGCAACUAAGUACGCCUCUCACAAGUUGUUUUGAAUACCGCGCUUAUCGUUAAGUUUGGCAGUUACGGCUUUAAGGACAAACCGGAAAUCGGUAUUGGAGGCCUUAUGACUGAAUUAGAUGUUUUAAUGAGACCUCUGUUUUUGGACCGAGUCUACUCCAUCCCUAUCUGAACACGACCGUAAGGUCAUGUUGCUGCUCCUUGCCACCACCACCAGAGGGAGCGACGAACGUACCUUAACCACAAAGUGAGAGUAUUACUAUAUGUUCUCUUCUGGCAUGAAACUCGGCGGCCGAUGAAAGAGGGACAACAGGUUAGUGGGUCGUGAUCGGCAUUGGAACACAGGUAAUCCUUUGACUGAAACCUACAUUUCAAAUGGCGUUGAAAGAGGGCAGUCGAUGGAAGCAUCAAACAAAGACCUUGUGGACUUGAACGCUGAAUGUAAACGGACAGAGCCCGGCUCUAGGGAGGGUACAAAGUGGCAGAUUAUGUGCUCCCACUGCCCUUUUCCUGAUGUCCUCCGAGAUCUCCUUUCCUGUUGACAUGGUGUGUUUUUCAUUCGCAUGUAUGGGGAACAUCAAACUGACCAGGUUUCUUGUCCUGCCCAAACUCUUUCCUACACAUCCCUCCUCAGAUUAGUCCGUUUGUCCCCCUGUUUUUUGCCCACCUGACUCUACUCAUCUCUAUUCGGGACUUGCCUGAAAUUAGAGAGACUUUGGGUCCGUACAGACCUAUAGUUCAUACACACGCUUACAUUUUCUAUACUGUCUACCUAUUUACUUAGAAUGUCACAAUUGGGUUCAUCAGAACUCUUAUCCAGACGCCACUCUAUUCCCCAUGUGGAGCCCGGUGUUCUUCCGUCAGGACUAGUCCACUACGUAGCGAGUGGUGCACCGAUUGGGCCAAACUGUGUUGCAGGUGUGCCUGCAGGUUCAUCCGCAUUCAUCAUUCUAGCUGCCCCACUUCCCCGGAUUCUGUAGAUUGUAUCCCACGAUGCACUUGGCAGUUAUUUUUCUGUGGAGCCGCGAGGCCAGCGGUGUUCAGAAUGCCUUUGUUAUGUAAAAACAGUGUCAGCCGGGCCCACGCUGUUUGGUGAGAGGAAGGAUACUCCCGAAUAACAACCUAUUGCCUGUGUAUUGUAAUAGGGCUCUGGUCAAAAGUAACAUAUAGGGAUUAGGGUGCAAUUUAGGACUAAUUCGAGAGCUUUUGUUGCUGUAACGUAUGUGCUGUCAUCUGCAUUCCUGGCCCGGCCGCUUAACCACCACACAAAUGUACGCUGUGGAUGCCUUUGACCCUGUUUGCAAUUAUAUAAUGACCCAAUGUAGUGUUAUCGCUGCAGAUUUAUAUUCUGUUUAUGUACUUUUUAUUUUAUUCAUCUAGUCAGUGUUACUUUGUGGAAACCCUUGAGAGUUAGAGCAUAGCCUCCUUUGAUACCUAGAUUUUCCAGGCGAGUGUUGUGUCAACCCCGGAUGUUUGAGAUGUGUUCAGGUCGUUGACUGUGUUUGACCUCAGGUUCAUCAGUGUAGUUUUAAUGGCCCCGCCCCUCUGAAUUCAAAAGGUUUUUCAUCCCAUGAUGCAUCCCGUGACGAACCUGUCCCUCCCAAUUCAGUUCAAAUUACUACAUUGGCAUGACAUCACAAUGUCCAUAUUGCCCAUAUCUUCACGUUCUUUCUCUCUCUGUACUUCCCUUCACUCAUCUUUCUUUCCGUCCCCUUUCUUCUUAUUCCCAGUUUCUCCUCUCUCAUUCGUUAUCGCUCCUGAUCAUCCCGUCUUCUUCAGGUGUAUCAGGCUAAACGACCUUUGAUAAAUGACCUUUGAUAAAUGAACUGCCAUUGUUGCUGUUGUUACCGUUUUACUAUCAGCCGGGGUCCUGUCCCCUGAUUGGCUCUUCUUCUCUCCACAUGAUUGGGGUUGUGGUUGCCAGGGCAACAGGAUGGAGCAGGCUGGAGCGGUGUCUAAUGUUGACUAGAUCUGUGACGCCUCCAGUACCACCGUCAACACUGAACCCAGGGAUGGAAGAUGAUCACACACUCACGCACGCACACACACACACACACACACACACACACGGCACAGUGAGAGAUGGGAGUAAUGUGGGAGGAGUCAGACUUACUGCAGCACAAGGGCUGAGCUCAUCAACAGCAGUCCACGUUGAAACUGGAACAGAUUCUCUAUCAACCUCCCCCACGUACACACUCACACACAUACACACUCACACACAUACACGCUCACACACAGAAACACACACCGCAGAAUCCAAACAACCCACUGCUCACUUUAUCUGUCUCUCUCUCUCCUCUCUCCCUCGUGGCUCCCUGACGCUCCCUUUGCAGUCCGCUUUGACUCCUGCCUGCGCGGGUUUAGUGUUCUCCUCCUCAGGUCCUGACAGAACCCGCCGAGGGAAGAUGUCCUCGAACCCGCCCCCUGGGGUCGGAUCUGGUCCUGGGGCCAAACCAAAGCCCUUGUCCCCCUUCAGGAAGAGGGGUAGCCUGCAGUACUCAGCCAGCCCCGUUGAAUCCCGUGGUUCCCGCCACCUGUUGACUUCCCAGCAUUCCUUGCCAGGGAUCCCGGGGGCACUCAAACAGACUAUUGACCUGCGAACCUCCAUGGACGGCAAAUACAAGGAGAUCGCAGAGGAGCUGUUCUCUCGCAGCAUAGCGGAGAGUGACAUGCUCCUCAGCGCCCCCUAUGAGUUCCCAGAGGACAGCCCCAUCGAACAGCUGGAGGAGAGACGACAACGCCUGGAGAGACAGAUCAGCCAGGAUGUCAAGUUUGAGCCCGAUAUCCUCCUCCGGGCCAAACAGGAGUUCAUGAAGAUUGACAGCGCUACAGACCUAGAGUCCCUGAAAGAGCAGAACCAGGCAUUCAUGGACCUGUACCCAAAGGAGAAAGAGAGAGAAGGAGAGAAUGAGUACCAACGGGUCUCCAUCUCUGGAGAGGAGAAAUGUGGGGUUCCCUUCACGGACCUGCUGGAUGCGGCUAGGUGUGUUGUCAAGGCCCUGUUCAUCAGGGAGAAGUACAUCGGACUGUCCAUGCAGGGCUUCUGCCGGACCACGGCGCGCUACCUGGAGGAGCUGAGUGACCGACCGCUGGAUAUGGGGAUCUACGAGGAGAUUCCGGAGACUUCCGUCACGGCAGACCUGGACCAGACAGUGCACCCUCCGGUCUCGGCCACCCACCCCUACGAGAACCUGGACCCGGCCUCCAUGCCUCCGGAUGUCGGCUACGGCUGCAAGAUGGUGGACGGCGUCGUCCACAUCUACACCGACAAGGACACCAUGGACAAGUCCACAGAACUAGACCUCCCCUACCCAGACCUGCAGGAGUACAUUGCUGACAUGAAUGUCAUGAUGGCCCUCAUCAUCAACGGUCCUGUGAAGUCAUUCUGUUACCGUCGGUUACAGUAUCUGAGUUCUAAGUUCCAGAUGCACAUCCUGCUGAAUGAAAUGAAGGAGCUGGCCGCCCAGAAGAAGGUUCCUCACAGAGACUUCUACAACAUACGCAAGGUUGACACCCAUAUCCACGCCUCGUCCUGCAUGAACCAGAAACACCUGCUAAGGUUCAUCAAGCGGGCCAUGAAGAAGUAUCCUGGGGAGAUCGUCCACGUGGAAAAGGGGAAGGGGCAGACCCUUAUGGAGGUUUUCGAAACCAUGAACCUCACGGCCUUCGACCUGAGUGUUGACACACUAGACAUGCACGCUGAUCGCAACACUUUCCAUCGCUUUGACAAGUUUAACUCCAAAUACAACCCCAUCGGAGAAUCCAUCCUAAGAGAGAUCUUCAUCAAGACAGACAACCACGUGGAGGGCAAAUACUUUGGACACAUCAUCAAGGAGGUGAUGGCCGACCUGGAGGAGAGCAAGUACCAGAACGUGGAGCUGCGUCUGUCCAUCUACGGCCGCUGCAGGGAUGAAUGGGACAAGCUGGCUGUGUGGGCGGUCAAACACCAGGUGUACUCCAACAACGUCCGCUGGCUGGUGCAGGUGCCCAGGCUCUUUGACGUCUACCACACCAAGAAACAGCUGAGCAACUUCCAAGAGCUGCUGGAGAACAUCUUCCUGCCUCUGUUUGAGGUGUCCAUCAACCCCGCCAGCCACCCCGAGCUGCACCUGUUUCUGCAACACGUGGUGGGCUUUGACAGUGUGGACGAUGAGUCCAAGCCGGAGCAACACUGCUUCAACAUGGACAGUCCCCUGCCUGUCAGCUGGACAGAGGAGGACAACCCCCCCUACUCCUACUACCUCUACUACAUGUACUCCAACAUGGCCGUGCUCAACCACCUGCGCAGGCAGAGGGGUUUCAACACGUUGGUUCUACGUCCUCACUGCGGGGAGGCGGGGCCAAUCCACCAUCUGGUCUCCGGUUUCAUGUUGUCGGAGAACAUCUCCCACGGACUGCUGCUCAGGAAGGCUCCUGUGCUGCAGUAUCUGUACUACCUGGCUCAGAUCGGCAUUGCCAUGUCUCCUCUAAGCAACAACAGCCUGUUCCUCAGCUACCACCGUAACCCCCUGCCAGAGUAUCUGUCCAGAGGCCUCGUGGUGUCUCUGUCCACUGACGACCCCCUGCAGUUCCACUUCACGAAGGAGCCCCUGAUGGAGGAGUACAGCAUCGCUGCUCAGGUGUGGAAGUUGAGCUCCUGUGACAUGUGUGAGCUGGCCCGGAACAGUGUCCUGAUGAGCGGCUUCUCCCACAAGGUGAAAAGCUAUUGGCUGGGACCUCACUACAUCAAGGAAGGCCAGGAGGGCAAUGACAUCCGACGCACCAACGUGCCCGACAUCCGCGUGGCGUACCGCUACGAGACCAUGUGCGAGGAGCUCAACCUCAUCACCCAGGCCAUACGCACAGACGAGCUGGAGACCAUCACCGAGGAGGAGGGCAGCCUCUGCAUGGGGCCCUGUGUAGGGGGGCGGAGCUAAGAGGAGGGUGGACGGAGCAACGUAGGCGCGUGGUGGGGCCUGUGUGUGUGGGGGAGGGGGCUAAGAGGUGGGUGGAGCAAAGUCUUCACAUUGGGGGCCUGUGUAGGGGGGCGGAGCUAAGAGGAGGCUGGGCGGACAGGAGUUUUGUGUGUUGGGCUUGUAGAGGGGAGC